AGAGCAGCUCGGCGAAAGCCCCGCUCCUCCAGCGGUCCUCAGCUCUGCAUGGCCUACUGCAGCUCCAGCUACAACUCGUGGAGGCAAGAAUGACACCGGCGCUCCCCGACAUCAAAGCAACCUGAUCGUAAGGGCGGAUCUGCUUUAUUUCUACAUUUAAAAAAAAAAGAACACCACAAUGAUGGCGCUUAUAUUUGCAUCUUUACGCACUCGGUUAGUCGUGCUUAUUUUCACGUUCGCUGCGCUGUGGGGAUUUGCGCUCUCCAUCACUCGGUACUCUAUACCGGAGGAAAUGGAAGAGGGUUCCUUUGUUGCCAAUCUGGCCACAGAUUUGGGUCUGGAUGUUCGCAGCUUGGAGGAGCGCAACGCCAAGCUCGAUGUCAUCCACAGCAAGAAUUACCUUGACAUCAACAAAGACACCGGGGAGCUGGUGAUCCGGGAGAAGAUAGACCGGGAGAGCAUAUGCAUGACUAAAACCACCUCGUGCUUUCUGAAAAUGGAUGUCAUACUCUCAAACCCCGUGCGUAUUUUCAACAUCGAGCUGGAGAUCAUGGACAUCAAUGACAACGCGCCCGUGUUUCGCAGGAAGACAAUGCACUUGGACAUUUCGGAGGCAACCCCUCCCGGUGAGAGGUUCUCAUUGACAAACGCGGUGGAUGCGGAUGUGGGGGCGAAUUCUAUCAAGACCUACUAUCUGAGUGAGAGCAAAUACUUCAACAUCGACAUCCAAACGGGCAGCGAUGGCUCCAAAUAUGUCGAUUUGGUGCUCAGUGGUAAAUUAGACAGAGAGGAGUAUGCAGUUCAUAAUUUGAUUCUAACUGCUGUGGAUGGAGGGGUGCCUCCCCGCUCUGGAACAGCCAGCAUCAUCAUUAAUGUGCUGGAUAUCAAUGACAACGCCCCCCUCUUCAGUCAGCCGGUGUUUGCAGUCAAUGUUUCAGAGAACUCAGCAGCAGGCACAGUGGUGAUGACCUUAAACGCAACAGAUUUAGAUGAAGGCACCAAUGCGCAGUUGGUAUAUUCAUACACACUAUACACCUCAGAGAAAACCCAAGAGCUCUUCUCACUUGAUCCAAACUCGGGUGAGAUCAAGGUGAAGGGGGUAAUUGAUUAUGAGGAGAGUCAAAGUUUUGAAAUGCACAUCCAGGCUCAGGACAGAGGGGCCAACCCCCUGUCAGGGCACUGCAAAGUGACAUUGUUCGUCACAGAUCUGAAUGACAACUACCCUGAAGUGACCAUCAAGUCUCUGAAAAGUUCCCUGACUGAGGACGUAGCUGUGGGGACGCUGAUUGCAGUGGUGAGCGUCAGUGACAGGGACUCUGGGGUCAACGGGGAAGUGCAGCUCAGCUUGAAUCAGCAGGAAAAGUUACCGUUCCUGCUAAACAAAUCCUCUGAGGGCUACUUUGAGCUGCUGGUGUCAAAGCCGCUGGACAGAGAGAUCAUAAGCAAAUAUGAAAUCACGCUGAGAGUGACAGACAAAGGCUCGCCACCCUUAACUGAAAACGAGACCAUCACUUUAGAGAUCCUGGAUGUGAAUGACAAUGCACCGGCGUUCUCCCAAUCCUUCUACACAAUCCAUGUUGUGGAAAACAAUCCACCAGGAGCGUUAUUGACCUCUCUAAGUGCAUUUGACCCAGAUCUCAAUGAGAACCAGUACUUGGUUUAUUUCAUAAUGGAGAAAGAGAUUGUGAACACGUCUAUGUCAAUGUUAUUCUCCAUCAACCCUGAGAACGGAGAUCUCUACGCCCUGAAGACCUUUGACUAUGAGAGAGAGAGGGACUUCCUGUUCCACAUUGAGGCGAGAGACUCUGGUGUUCCCCCGCUGAGCAGCAAUGUGACUGUUCACAUCAUCAUUCUGGAUCAAAAUGACAACACCCCUCUCAUAGUGUCACCUUGGCGGGCGCAGGGCUCCGUCGUGGAGGAGGUGAUCCCCAGGUCCACGGAUAAGGGACACUUGGUGGCCAAAGUGAUCGCCAUCGACGCCGACUCCGAGCAGAACUCCAGGGUAACGUACCAGCUCCUGCAGAUCAGUGACGCCAGCCUCUUCAGCCUGGAUCAGUACAAUGGCGAGAUUCGGACGACGAGGAUGUUCAGUUACAGAGACCCAAGACAGCAGAGGCUGGUAAUAGUUGCUAAAGACAACGGCCAGCCUGCCCUCUCUGCUACGGUCACCAUCAAGAUAUCCACAGUGGAACAUGUCAUGUCCUUUUCAGAGACUACAGAGCUGCCACUCGAGUACGACGUCUUCACAGACCUGAACCUGUACCUAGUGAUCGGUUUGGGUGCGGUGUCUUUUCUGCUACUGAUAACCAUCUUGGUUAUUAUUGUGCUCAAGUGUCAAAAACCCAAACCAAAGGCCAUCAAGAUCCCCCCAGCCAAUAGGAACAGCGUGAUCAGCAGAAACAGCGUGAUCAGCCAGAGAAGCUCCACCAUCGCAGAUUCCACCCUGAUCUCCAGCGAUGCCUACUGGUAUAGCCUGUUCCUCGCAGAGACCAGGAAGGGCAAAGUGGUCGUCAGACAGCCCAUAAUUCCCAAAGGAGCCGGGUAUUUUGUAUCCAGUAUACCGAGGAGCAUAGGGCCAAGCGAGACCACAGACUCCAGAGCAUCCACACUGGAGUACUCAAAAUGAAAGGAAGUCCAUUCUACAACUGGAGCAGGAGCCCAGAAGAGAACUGCCAUGAUAUAAUCAUCUCUUCAUGGGAGUUUCUGGCUGAAAUUCUUCCUCUGACUCACAAAGAAGAUGUACAACAACUCUCCUCCCCUCAGCCCCUCUGCUCCAACCCUUCUUUCUCUCUCUGGUCCCUCCUAUCCCACGCACAGACAUCGACCACUAAUCACCUCAGCUUUCUGCCGCCAUUAUUCUUUUAAGCAUGAAUCUGCAUGAUUCUAUGACAUGUUCAAAGUAUUUGGACGACGAUUUGAAACCAUUUAUGGCAGGAUGUUAUUCUGGACGUUACUAAAAAGAGGCCUCAUGUAGUAAAUCAUUCCCUCUUUAGUGCUUUGAAGCUUCUUAAUGGACAAAUUUGCCUUCUCUCCAUGGCUGUGUGCUGUAGUUCUAGAAACCAUCCGUAGUUUGUCAUAUACUUAAGUCAUGCAACAUUUUUUUAAGCAAGAGUUGAAAACACGCCUAAUAAUAAUGACACACAUGAAUCAGGGUGAAUAUGCUUCUUCCAUAAAUCUAAUAUAUACGUAAGUGUAGCUGGUUAUAGCUAGAGCCUGACUGAUACUGGAUAUUUGGGGUCGAUACUGAUUUUAGGAAGUAAGAAUUUUUAUUUUGAUGUAUCAUGCGAUAUUGUUUAUACAAACACUACUGUUCAAAAGUUUGGGGUCACUUAGAAAUGUCCUUAUUUUUGAAAGAAAAGCAGUUUUUUCAAUGACGAUAACAUUAAAUUAACCAGAAAUGCAGUGUAGACACUGUUAAUGUGCUGAGUGAUUAUUCCAGCUGGAAAUGGAUGAUUUGAAAUGAAAUAUCUCCAUAGGGGUACAGAGGAACAUUUCCAGCAACCAUCACUCCUGUGUUCUAAUGCUACAUUGUGUUAGCUAAUCAUGUUGAAAGGCUAAUUGAUGACUAGAAAACCCUUGUGCAAUUAUGUUAGUGCAUGAAUAAAAGCGUGAGUUUUCAUGGAAAACAUGAGAUUGCCUGGGUGAUCCCAAGCUUUUGAACGGUAGUGUGAUGUAUUAAAGUGGAAAAAGGAAUAUGAUGGGGUCAUUGUUAUUAACUUUACAGCAAUGUAUUCCACAAAAUAGUUAGCAAUUUACAGUGAAGACAAAUUCGACUCCGCACCACCUGCUGUUCGCCUGUGAUACAUGUUCUGCUACAUGUACUGCAGAUAUUGUCAAAGUAUUUUGAACAAUGGAGUUGAAGCUGGUAAAACUAUAUGAUGACACCCUUUCUAAAAAUACCCUAAACAUCUAUUUCUGCAUAAUAUUAUGUAAAAAUAAAUCUAUAUCAGCGUUACUGAUACUUCUAUAACUGCCCAUUGAUAAUAACAAUAUCGGCCACCUGAUGUAUUGGUCGGGCUCUAGUUAUGUCACUGAUUCAGGCUUUGCCCUUGGUGUUUUUUUUUAAAUAGAACAUUUCUACAGUAUUAUGAGUCAUGCUGUUAAGUAAGGCUCAUAUUUUCAUCUAGUAGCUUUCUGAUAAAGGUAACCGUGAUUCAGUUCUAUUUUUAUGAUGUUUGUUGUGCUCAACAGGUUAUGAAUGUGUGAAAAUGACAGAAAAAAAAGAAUGAAAGAAAACUAAAAUGGUAAAAACAAACAAAAAACCAUAGGACAUGUAUUGUUUCUCUUCUUAUUUGAUUGUAGAUAGCGUAGUUCUGUAGAUACGAUAAUGGAGGUCAAAGAAGCAAAAAGGCAACUAACAUCAAAUGUGCAAUUCAUACCUGAUCUGACUAGUGAGACGUGAAUUGCACUUGCAAUACUGAAUUUUCGGAACCAUGAUCAAAGUCUAAUAUUCACUGUUUCAGUCCUCUUGUUGGAGGGAGGGAGUGGGUGAGGGUGCACAGGGGAGGCGUGUCCUCACUUCUGGAUUUUAUUCAGGGGUAAUCUCAAAUUUGAGUGAGGCCAGAGGGGGAAAUGUAAAACAUUCAAACACAAUGAACCACAUUUUUCAAAACAGGGUCAAAUGUCAAUUUACCUUUCACUGUAAGAAGAUUUGCUCAUGACAAGCUUCUGUCUUCUUCUCUCCCUGCAUCUGGCAAUUCAAAUAACUGCAUUCCUUUUUUGCACACAGUGCAAACUGCAUUAAUCAGCUUAAAAAAAUUACAAUAAUCAUGAAAAUUUGAAAAAAAAAAGGUAUUUUGUAAUGAUAGAUACUCUGUUUAUUGAAAAGAGUAAGAAUAUUAAAAUGUAUUUAUCUUUGCCAGGGUACAAGGGGUUACAAGGUACAGGCAAGGUGUUGUUUUAUGAAUAUUCCUGUUUUUAUAUAUAUUUUAUGUAUUAACUUUUAAUGCUGCUUUUGUGAGCUUCUUCAAGGGCAUUUUGUGUUGCAUAUUUGUAGUUUAGUGCAUAAGAUGUUUUGAUAGUGUACAUAGGUUAAACACUGAAACAAGAAUACUUUUCUUGACCUCAAAGGUAGAGCUAUUGCACUACUGUUAAUCCCAGGACUUUAAUUUCUCAGAAACAAGGAGUUGAUUAAGACCACUCAUUAGGGUGCUAAAUGACAAAAUGUAAUUGCAUGAAGUAAGAGGAUUGGAUUAUGAGAAGAUGAAGAACAUAGUGUUAAUUAUAGUGACAGUAUUUUAGUGCUGACUCGGCAAAUGCAAAAAAAAAAACUGCUGAACAAAUAAAGUGCAUAAAAUAGUAUUAAGCAGAUGACAGCACUUUGAAUUUGAAAUAUGCACUAAAUCUAAAUGUGAUCACAGGCAUCCCUCAGUAAUGCAGUGAUGAUAGAACAUUUCUGGAUGUAUCAAGCUCCAUAGUCUGAGUCAGUGAAAUUGAACCUCUCUUUUUCUCUCUCUCACUGUUCUACCAGGCUGCCCAGACAUAAACACAGCUGGCUGCCUGUCUGUGAGACUAAAGAUGUCACUUAAUGAGGGAUCUCUUGCUGUGGAGUAUGUGUUAUAUGUGCAAUCAUUGCCUGAGCUGAUUGAUUCCAACAUUGUUUAAAGAAUUAAUAAAUUGCACAUAUGAUGAGCUCCUUGUGUGCCUUCUGCGAAAGAUAAAUGUGACUGUUGAUGAAUGAAAUAAUGGCAUUUCCUCUAGUAUCACAAAUUACAGUUACUCCCACGAUACAGUACCUUAAAUUGCUUGUUGGAUUGGGGCUCAGCCUUUUGGAUUCAGAGCAGAUGUUCUAUUAAGAACCAGUACAUGCAUUUACUGUAAAUUUAACUGCUUUAUACUUUGUGUUUUUUUAUACAGUAGACCUUUUUGAUAUCUUCUGUAUUCACUGUGAUCGAAUGGCACAGGAGGUGCUUGUGCUUGGUAUAGUAAAAGUGAGCUAUUUCUCAUUUGUGUACACUGCUCAACUUUUUUUUUUCCUGCAGCUAAUUUGCCAGUCAGAUUGUACAGUAUGCUUCGAGAGUUGCAUCAAACGUAAUCCAGUUCCAUCCCGCUUAGUGGAUCAAAGAUAGUAUGGGUGAGAAUGGUCUUGCUUUAUUUUCAAGUCUAGUUAAUUGUCGGAUUUUGAUGUUGCUUAUUUGGCUUAAAUGUCCUGCCUGAUCAUGCUAAUUUGAAUAAAGCUUUUUAAUCUGUC